ACUCCUAUUAGGAAUGUCAAUUUGGACCAUUUUUCGCGGGCUGGGUCAGACCCCAAGCCCUACGGGCCGACUGAGGCCCGAAUUAUUCGAGCUCUUAUCGGGUUUCUGGCCGGCCCGAUUUCAAAUAUUAAAAAAAAACCUAAAUCCCUAAAAAAAAUCCCAAAUACAUUCUAAUUUCUUCUCACUGCUCAGUUCUCGACUUCUCUCUCUCGUUUCCUCUCUCUCUCUCUCUCCGACGACAGAGCUCAGGCUGCUUGCUGCCCAGCCCUUUUCUCGAUCGGCCUUCUCUGAUUCUGGUCUCAGUUUGUUUCUCUCAAUAUCUGAGUUUGGCAUUCUUCACAAACGAAGUUCCAUUGCUCUUCUUCUACUGCAGACCCAAGUUGACUCUCUCAAUUUCUCAGAGAUUUGGCGUUUUGCAAGUGUUUGAAAAGAAUUUGAGUCAAGUGAGAAUUUCAAUCUCGAUUCAUCGGAGGGUUGGGUUUUGCAAGUAUUGGGCCAUGAAUUAUGAGAAGAGUCUAUCGGAAGAGUCAGGUUCCAUAUUCAGCGAAGGUAUUGGGAUAGUUUUGUAUCGAUGGUCGGCGCUCCAAUUGGCUGUAGAGAACGAGUGGGGUGGUCGUCAAUCGCGCCAAAAAGCACAACAACUCCAUUCCGAUAUCUUCUCUUGGUUCACUCGCUCUACCUCUUCUGCAAAACCAAAACCAAAGGAACCUCUAUACAUAGAUGAUUUAGAAGAGAUACUUGUUCAAGGUUUGCAAUCUUUGAAUACUGAGGUUGAUGAUGGCAGUAUUGAAGAGGUAGCUGAGAAGUUAAUGAUUAUGCAUGAAGAAUGUUUGGAUGGUAAUUUUAAGUCCAUUGAAGCUCUAAAGGAAGCGAAUCAUUGGAGAGUUCCCGUUCGUCAUGUCAAACAGGACGGUGAGGAUGAUGAUAGUGAUAGCGAUGAUGAAGAACAAGAUGUCGGUGUGGGUGAUUCAUCGAAAAUGGCAGUUACGGUUAGCUCAACGAGGACCUUAGAAAAUCAUGGGUCAGAGGAUAUGCAAGUAGAUGAUGAGUCCGAAGCCACACCCUCACUUACAAAUGCUGCAGCCGAAGAUGACGAAUGGGUAGUGGUUGGGCCAAAACGGGGUAGGGGAAAAAGGAACUAGGUUGGUUUGUUGAAUGAAUUUGAAGGGUGAUAUAUAUAUUUAUAUAAGUUAUUCUUUUCUUUUUCCAAUGGAAAUGAAGGUUUAGUUUCAUA